AUGGCGUCAAGUGGAGGAGAUGAACACGAAUGGACAGCGGCAGUACGACCGCUUUUAUCAGCCUCGUACACCGCUUUUGAAACCAAGGAAUUACCUCAGCUUGUGGGCUCAAUAAUAAACAGUGAAACAGAUAUUCUGCACCAUGACAAGCAGUAUGAGCCUUUCUACUCGUCGUUUGUGGCGCUCUCCGCUCAUUACAUUACCACAGUCUGUGGACAAAUACCCAGAAAUCAGUUGCUGUCUGUGGCUGCUGCCUGCAAAGUCUUAAUUGAGUUUUCACUUCUGCGGCUGGAGAACCCAGAUGAAGCAUGCGCAGUCUCACAGAAACACCUGAUUCUUCUCAUAAAAGGACUUUGCACUGGUUGCAGCAGACUGGACCGCACAGAAAUCAUUACUUUCACUGCUAUGAUGAAGUCUGCCAAGUUGCCUCAAACCAUCAAAACCCUUUCAGAUGUGGAGGAUCAGAAGGAACAGCCCACUUCUACUGUGAACCCUGAGCUCCGACAAAAAGAAGUACAGAUGAACUUCUUCAAUCAGCUGACUUCAGUUUUUAACCCGGACCUUACCACCAUCUUAGCCUCCCCAUCAGCAUCGCACAUGCAGACUGAGAGCGACUGUGAGGAUCAAACUUCAGACCAGUCACUUCAAGCCAAAAUGAAAAAUGCCUUUGUAUCUCAGAACGUGUCGAGCUUACAGGAACUUGGUGGGUCUGAGAAACUGCUUCGAGUGUGCCUCAACCUGCCAUACUUCCUACGCUACAUCAAUCGAUUCCAGGAUGCUGUGUCCGCCAACUCCUUCUUCAUCAUGCCUGCCACUGUGGCAGAUGCUACUGCUGUCCGCAAUGGAUUUCAUUCCUUAGUCAUCGAUGUGACGAUGGCGCUGGACACUCUCUCUCUCCCUGUUCUGGAGCCUUUGACUCCAGGGAGACUCCUGGACAUGACUGUGCUCGCACUGAGCUGCCUCUAUGCCGGUGUGAGUGUGGCUACCUGCAUGGCUAUUCUGCAGGUUGGGAGCGGCCUACAGCUCCGCUCGGCCACCACUGGGACUAAAGAAGAAGACUAUGAGAAUGACGCGGCCACGAUAGUUCAAAAAUGUCUUGAAAUCUAUGAAAUGAUUGGGCAAGCCAUCAGCAACUCUCGCAGAGCUGGCGGAGAGCAUUACCAGAACUUCCAGCUACUAGGAGCCUGGUGCCUCUUGAAUAGCCUGUAUUUAAUCCUCAACCUCAGCCCCACUGCUCUGGCUGAUAAGGGGAAAGAGAAAGACCCUCUAGCUGCUCUCAGAGUGAGGGACAUUGCUGCUCGCACGAAAGACGGAGGUGGUUCACCCAAACUCGGUCCUGGAAAAGGGCAUCAAGGGUUUGGAGUUUUGUCCGUCAUCCUGGCGAACCAUGCCAUAAAACUCCUCACCUCACUUUUCCAGGAUCUGCAAGUUGAAGCUCUGCAUCGGGGAUGGGCGAGUGACGGUCCUCCUGCCGAGCUCAACAUCAUGGCACAGAGCACAUCCAUCCAGAGAGUUCAGCGACUCAUCGACUCGGUUCCUCUCACAAAUCUCCUGUUCACGCUUCUCUCCACGGCUUAUAAAAAGGCUUGUGUCCUGCAGCGACAAAGAAAAGGUUCAGUCAGCAGCGACGCCAGUGCCUCCACAGACUCAAACACGUACUACGAGGACGAUUUUAGCAGCACGGAGGAGGAUAGCAGCCAAGCAGAGAGAAGACAGGAGAAGACAAGUGCAGCUUGUGUCUCAGAUGAUGACAGUGAACCGAUUCUGGGGCUGUGGUUUGAAGAGACCAUAUCUCCAUCCAAGGAUAAAGUGGCACCCCCUCCUCCUCCACCACCCCCGCCCUUAGAAACUUCUCCAAGACUAAAGAGCCCCAACAAGCAAAACCCAAGUGAGAACGGAAAUAUUUUAGCUGGACGUAAAGACCCGGAACUGUUUCUAAGUUUGGCCUCCAGUAUUUUAAACUUCAUCACCACCUCAAUGCUCAAGUCCAGGAAUAACUUCAUCCGUAACUAUCUGAGUGUGUCCCUGACGGAGCAGCACAUGGCGACCCUGGCCAGUAUCAUUAAAGACGUGGACAAGGACGUGAAGGGAUCGUCAGAUGAAGUGUUUUCUUUAGCUCUGUAUCACUUCAACCACACUUUGGUCACAUCUGAUCUUCCAUCUCCAGCUCUACAGAGUACCCUCCUUCAGCAGUUGGGAGUGGCCCCAUUCUCAGAGGGACCAUGGCCUCUGUACAUUCACCCUCAGUCUCUGUCCGUGCUGUCCAGGCUGCUGCUUAUCUGGCAACACAAGGCCACUGUCCAGGGAGAACCAGACGUCCCUGACUGUAUGAAAGUCUGGGAGAGAUUCCUGAGCACCCUGAAGCAGCACACUCUCCAGGGCACAGUCCACGGCGACGACGACCUGAACGUGGAGCACCUCCAGCUGCUGUUGCUGCUCUUCCACAACCUGUCAGAGAGCGGCCGGCAGACCGUCCUCACGCAGGUCACACAGGCCAUCGUCGAAGUGGCCCAGAGCGUAGAGUCCCAGCUGAAGUCCGUGCCCCUGAACCUGGCCCGCAUGCUGCUGGUGUUUGACUACCUGAUCCGAAACUACUCAAAAGCACCUCUCUACCUCUUCGAACAGGUGCAGUACAAUCUCCUGACGCCUCCCUCUUCUGGGCCUGGAUCUGCUCAGGACGGAGGCAAGCGCAGUAAUCUACCCUUGUACUACGGCUUCAAAGAGGUAGAAGAAAACUGGGCCAAGCACUGUUCAGCAGACUCAAAUGUUCAACCCAAAUUCUACUGCGUCUUGUCCCCGGAUACGUCGGAAGAUGAUAAAACUAGAUUAGAUUCAAAGGUCUUUCCAAAACUCUUCGACGGAGAUGUAAAAUAUGAUGAGCUGUACUCGUGGCUCAUCUCGCUCUUGGCGGCAGGUUCCUUGUUUGACACAGCUAGACGACAGGAGAACAAGCCAAUUACGGCAAUAGAGGCAUGUUCACUGCAGUACUACUUCUUGCUCCUGUGGAGGAUUCUGGGUGUUCUUCCUCCUUCCAAGGCCUACAUGGAGCAGCUGAAGGCAGGCUGUAGUGACCCGAGCGAGACCGACAUCCUCCACACUCUGAGGUGGUCCUCUCGCCUACGAGUGUCCACCUACGUCACCUGGAUCAAGGAACAUUUGGUGAACCAGGGGCUGAAGCCUGAUCAAGCUGCUACUCUGGUGGAAUCAACGGCAGCUCUUUGCAGUACGGUCAAAUACGACGUGGACUUAGCGGAGGAGUACAUCGCUAGACAGAUUUCCACCUUUUCCGGUGUGAACCCCAGUGCGAUCCUUCCCCUCAGUCAGCUGCCGUCUCUGCAGGCCAUCUACACUCUGGACGCUGUCAUGUCCAAAGUGCAGGUUUCCCUUGACGAGCAUCUGUCAAAAGUCGCCAUCGAAGCGGACACUCAGAAGACCUCAGAGAUCACCAAAAACCUGCUUCCAGCCACGUUGCAGCUCGCUGACGUCUACACAGCGUUUACAAGGUCCUACCUGCUAAUGAACAUCCCAGAGGAGGGAGAAAACAAACUUACUGAUGCCAAACUCAAAGGCUAUGCGGCAGUUCUCUCCAUCGGAUCCACACGCUGCAAGGCCAACAGUCUUGCCCACAGUAUAAUGCAGAACCUGCCCUCCGCUGUGCAGACGGUGUGUGAGACAUGGAGCAACAUUCACACUAAUGAGUUUCCGAAUAUUGGCUCCUGGCGAACUGCGUUUGCCAAUGACACCAUCCCAUCAGAGGGCUACAUCAGUGCCAUCCAGGCCGCUCACCUUGGCACUCUGAGCUGCCAGUCUCUACCUCUCGCCUCGUCGCUGAAACACAUCCUGCUGUGUUUGGUUCGGCUCAUCGGAGACCUCAUCGUAACGGAGGAAUUGAAUCCGUCACAGGUCGUGCGGACGUUGCUGCCACUGCUGUUGGAGAGCAGCACUGAGAGUGUAGCAGAGAUCAGCAGCACGUCACUGGAGCGGAUCCUGGGGCCUUCGGAGUCAGACGCCUUUCUCGCCAGGAUCUAUGAGCGUUUAGUCACCGGCUGUUACAACAUCAUUGCAAAUCACUCGGACCCCGACAGUGGUUUGGAUGAAUCUGUCCUGGAGGAGUGCCUUCAGUACCUUGAGAAACAACUAGAAAGCAGUCAAGUUCGGAAGGCGAUGGAAGAGUUCUUUUCGUUUGGCGGUGAACUGGUCCAAAUCAUGAUGGCCACAGCCAACGACAACCUCUCUGCAAAAUUCUGCAACAGAGUCCUCAAGUUCUUCACUAAACUUUUCCAAUUAACUGAGAAGAGUCCCAACCCGAGCCUCCUGUGUCUGUGUGGCUCUCUGGCUCAGUUAGCCUGUGUGGAGCCUUCUCGCUUGCAGUCCUGGCUAACGAGAAUGACCGCGACCCCGCCCAAAGACUCAGAGCACUUGGAUGUUGUUCAGGAAAAUCGGCAACUACUGCAGCUCCUCACCACCCACAUCGUCCGGGACAACAGCCAGGUGGGAGAAGGCGUGUGCACGGUCCUCCUCAGCACGCUCAUACCCAUGGCCACGGAUAUGCUCGCCAACGGAGACGGGACAGGCUUUCCGGAGCUCAUGGUGAUUAUGGCGACGUUAGCCAGUGCUGGACAAGGAGCAGGUCAUCUUCAGCUGCACAGGGCAGCGAUUGAUUGGCUGACCAGAUGCAAAAAAUAUCUUACUCAGAAGAAUGUAGUGGAAAAAGUGAGCACUAAUAUCACUCAAGGAAAGCAUGCCAGUAUGCUGGAGUGCUCCUGCCACAUCAUCUCAUAUCUGGCUGACGUCAUGAACGCCCUGAGGCAGAGCAGUGGGCAGGGGAACUCCUCUCUGGUGAUGGACGGCGAGGAGAAGGCCAUGGAGGUGGACUCAGACUGGGUGGAGGAGCUGGCAGUGGAGGACGAUGACUCCCAGGCAGAGGAUUCAGAUGAAGACUCUCUUUGCAACAAACUUUGCACCUUCACCAUUACGCAGAAGGAGUUCAUGAACCAGCACUGGUACCACUGUCACACCUGUAAGAUGGUGGAUGGGGUAGGUGUGUGCACAGUGUGCGCCAAGGUCUGUCACAAAGACCAUGAGAUCUCCUAUGCCAAAUAUGGCUCUUUCUUCUGUGACUGCGGGGCCAAAGAGGAUGGCAGCUGCCAGGUGAGACCGCAUACCUCAGGUCAUCAUGGGAAGAGAACAACAGCGGCCCUGGUCAAGCGUAGCCCCAGCAGUGGUAUUGGCUCCACUUUGAAGGAGUCCUCCGCCUUCCAAAGCGAACUGCGGAUGCCUGAAAGUGCGAUACGCCACCAGAACGCCUCUCCGUCCGACAAGGGGAAGGUGACAAUCUGUGACGGGAAACCAGGAGACGAGGACCGGCCCAAGAAGAGCAGUGUGUGCAAGAGCAUCGAGGGCUGUCAGGACGAGCUGCUGUCACAAGUGAUGGGCUCUUCCACUGCUGCAGCGAUCCUGGAGAUGCUCAUGUUUCUGAUGGAGGCCAUUCAAACAAAUUUCCAGCAGGCGUCUGCUGUGGGCAGCAGCAGUCGCGCUCAGCAGGCGCUAAACGAGCUGCACACUCAGGACAAGACAGUAGACAUGACCGACCAGCUCAUGGUUCCUACUCUUGGCUCUCAGGAAGGAGCUUUUGAAAACGUCAGAAUGAACUACAGCGGAGACCAGGGUCAGACAAUCCGCCAGCUCAUCAGCGCCCAUGUCCUGAGGCGAGUGGCCAUGUGUGUGCUGUCCUCCCCACACGGGCGGAGACAGCACCUCGCCGUCAGUCACGAGAAAGGGAAAAUCACCGUGCUGCAGCUGUCCACUCUCCUGAAGCAGGCAGACUCCAGUAAAAGGAAACUCACUCUGACCCGUUUGGCUUCGGCGCCGGUCCCCUUCACUGUGCUCAGUCUCACUGGAAACCCAUGCAAUGAGGACUACCUGGCGGUCUGUGGGCUCAAGGAUUGCCAUGUUCUCACCUUCAGCAGUACAGGCUCUGUGUCCGAUCACUUAGUGCUACAUCCUCAACUCGCCACCGGCAACUUCAUCAUCAAAGCAAUCUGGCUCCCUGGCUCUCAGACUGAACUGGCCAUUAUCACUGCAGACUUCGUCAAGGUUUAUGAUUUAUCCGUUGACGCCCUUAGCCCCAUGUACUACUUCCUGCUUCCCAGCUCCAAGAUUCGAGACGCAACCUUCCUUUUCAACGAGGAAGGCAAGAACAUCAUUGUGAUCAUGUCUUCGGCUGGAUACAUGUACACUCAGGUCAUGGACGAGUCGAGCAGCGCUCAGCAUGGACCCUUCUACGUCACCAACGUCCUGGAGAUCACCCAUGAAGACCUGAAGGACAGUAACGGUCAGCUGGCAGGAGGAGGAGUCUCGGUGUAUUACUCCCAUGUGCUGCAAAUGCUGUUCUUCAGCUACAGCCAGGGAAAGUCCUUCGCCGCCACCGUGAGCCGCAGCACCACCGAAGUCCAGCGUCUUUUCUCAAUCAACGUUAAGGGAUCAAACGGUGGCAGCAGUAAAGUCUCCCCUGCUCUGUGCCAGUGGUCUGAAGUUAUGAACCACCCUGGACUGGUCUGCUGCGUUCAACAAACUACAGGAAUACCUCUGGUCAUUAUGGUCAAACCAGACACGUUCCUCAUCCAAGAGAUCAAAACUCUUCCAGCCAAGGCUAAAAUUCAGGACAUGGUUGCUAUCCGCCACACGGCCAGCAACGAACAACAACGCACAACUAUGAUUCUGCUUUGUGAAGACGGCAGUUUGCGUAUUUACAUGGCGAAUGUAGACAACACCUCUUACUGGCUCCAGCCGGCACUGCAGCCUAGCUGUGGCAUCAGCAUCAUGAAGCCAGUCCGCAAACGCAAGGCUGCUGCUACCACGACACGGACGUCCAGCCAGGUGACCUUCCCUGUUGAUUUCUUUGAACACAAUCAUCAGCUGACAGAGGUGGAGUUUGGAGGAAAUGACUUACUCCAAGUUUACAACGGACAACAAAUAAAACACAGACUGAACUCCACUGGGAUGUAUGUGGCUAACACAAAGCCUGGGGGGUUCACUGUAGAGGCGGUCAAUAACAACAGCUCCAUGGUGAUGACCGGGAUGAGAGUCCAGGUGGGGACGCAGGCCAUCGAGAGGGCUCCUUCAUACGUGGAGGUGUUUGGAAGAACCAUGCAGAUCAACUUGACCAGGGCCAGGUGGUUCGACUUCCCCUUCACCAGAGAGGAGGCGCUGCAGGCGGACAAGAAGCUGUCCAUAUUUAUUGGUGCAUCUGUGGACCCAGCCGGAGUCACUAUGCUCGACUCGAUUAAAGUCUACGGUAAAACCAAGGAGCAGUUUGGUUGGCCUGAGGACCCUCCUGAAGACUUCUCCAGCACCUCUGUCAAUAACGUGUGCAGCCCCAACCUCAACCAGGGCAACGGCUCCACUGAGGGGGACAUCACCACCCCCAUCACAGCCAGCGGCACGGUGCUCGAAAGUUCUGAAACUGAGUCCUUGUCAACACUGGACCGGCUGGUAGUAAACUCCCUUGAAGCUUUGGAGAGCUGCUUUGCUGUGGGCUCUUCUGGGGAAAAGGAGAAGAAUAAGAAUGCGGCUCUAGAGCUGGCCACGCUGCUCCUGUCCAUGCCAACUCCAACAGGAGUCCAGCAGCAGACCAAGGGACUGUUGGCCAGUCUGCACACCAGCCGCACAGCAUACCACACCCACAAGGACCAGUCUCUGUUGAGUAACGCUGUGCAGUGUUUGAACAGCAGCACUCGUGAAGGGAAAGAGCUGGACCCGGACGUGUUCCAGAGGUUGGUGAUCACCGCCCGCUCCAUCGCCAUCAUGAGGCCCAACAACCUGGUGCACUUCACAGAGAACAAGACCCUGCAGCAAGACGCUGAUGACGUACACAAACUUGUUGAUGGAGAAAGCUGUAAUUUUAUCACUCAACUCAUGAACAACUUCUGGAAACUGCACGCCCUGAAGCCAAAGAAUGCUUUCCUUGCUCCUGCUUGUCUGCCAGGUCUAACCCACAUUGAAGCCACAGUGAAUGCGUUGGUGGACAUCAUUCAUGCCUACUGCACUUGUGAACUGGAUUACAUCAAUGUCGCCUCCAAGAUCUAUAUGCAAAUGUUGCUCUGUCCAGACACAUCAGUCAGCUUUGCUUGUAAACAGGCACUUAUUCGAGUGCUCAGGCCAAGAAAUAAGCGCCGUCAUGUGACCCUCCCCUCCCCGCCACGCUCCAACACACCUAUAGACAAGGACGAUGACGACGAUGAUGAUGCGGAUGACAAAAUGCAGUCUUCAGUGCUGACAGGAGUGGAGGAGGAGCGGCAGGAGAACCAGGAGCAGAGCGAGGUCGACCAUGAGGGCUUUGAGAUGGUGUCCGAGUCGAUGGUCCUGGACACGUCUGAUAAUGUGAACAAUGGAAACCCGUCCCCUCUGGAGGCUCUGCUGGCCGGCGCUGAGGGCUUUCCCCCCAUGCUCGACAUCCCCCCUGAUGCAGACGAUGAAACCAUGGUGGAACUGGCCAUCGCCCUCAGCCUGCAGCAAGACCAGCAAGGCAGCAGCAGCAGUGCUCUUGGCCUUCAGAGUCUGGGUCUGUCUGGCCAGGCCCCAAGCUCCUCUUCACUGGAUGCUGGAACUCUAUCAGAUACCACUGCCUCAGCUCCAGCCUCCGAUGACGAGGGCAGCACCGCAGCCACAGACGGCUCCACUCUCAGAACGUCUCCGGCAGAACAUGGAGGAAGUGUGGGCUCCGAGAGCGGGGGCUCGGCCAUCGACUCUGUGGCUGGGGAGCACAGUGUGUCUGGCCGCAGCAGUGCGUACGGUGACACCACAGUGGAGGGGAAUGCAGCUGGUCCCGGCAGCGUGAGCUCCAGCACGGGGGCCAUCAGUACCACCACAGCCCAGCAGGAGGGAGAAGGGUCUGAGGGAGAAGCAGAGAACGAGGGGGACAUUCACACCAGCAACAGGCUCCACAUGGUCCGCCUCAUGCUUUUGGAGCGUCUUCUCCAGCACCUCUCCCAGUUGCACAAUGUGGAUGGAGUCCAGGCAAUCCCUUACAUGCAGGUCAUCCUCAUGUUGACCUCGGAUCUCGACGGAGAGGAUGAGAAGGACAAGGGCGCACUGGACGACCUGCUCGCGCAACUCAUCGCAGAACUGGGCAUAAACAAAAAGGAUGUAUCGAAGAAGAACGAACGCUGUGCUAUCAACGAGGUCCACCUGGUCAUCAUGAGGCUCCUCAGCGUUUUUAUGUCUCGCACAAAGUCUGGCUCCAAAUCUUCCUCUGAGUCCUCGUCUCUCAUCUCCAACGCCACGGCCACAGCUCUGCUCAGCCUUGGAGCCAUAGACUAUUGUUUGCAUGUGCUCAAGUCAUUGUUAGAGUUCUGGAAGAGUCAGCAAGGAGAAGAGGAGGCAGUGACAACGAGCCAGCUGCUGCGGCCUCACACGGCCUCCUCCCCCCCAGACAUGAGCCCCUUCUUCCUGCGGCAGUAUGUCAAGGGCCAUGCUGCUGAUGUAUUUGAAGCCUACUCACAGUUGCUGACUGAGAUGGUUCUGCGGCUGCCCUAUCAAAUUAAGAAAAUCGCAGACACCAACCCACGUAUCCCUCCGCCUGUCUUCGACCACUCCUGGUUCUACUUUCUGUCUGAGUACCUGAUGAUCCAGCAGACCCCGUUCGUACGGAGACAGGUGCGGAAGUUGCUGCUCUUCAUCUGUGGCUCAAAGGAGAAGUACCGUCAGCUCAGAGACUUGCACACGCUGGACUCUCACGUGAGGAGCAUCAAGAAGCUUCUGGAGGAGCAGGGCAUUUUCCUCAGAGCCGGAGUGGUCACCGCCACCUCUGGCUCAGCCCUGCAGUACGACACACUCAUCAGCCUGAUGGAGCACCUUAAAGCUUGCGCUGAAAUUUCGACUCAGCGAACCAUCAACUGGCAGAAAUUCUGCAUGAAAGAUGAUUCGGUCCUAUACUUCCUGCUCCAGGUGAGCUUCCUGGUGGACGAGGGUGUGUCUCCGGUCCUCCUGCAGCUGCUCUCCUGUGCCUUGUGCGGCAGUAAAGUCCUGGCCACAUCCUCCUCCAACUCCUCCUCUUUCUCAGCUGGAGGCUCCUCCAACGCAGGACAGACCGGCGCAUCCCAGUCGUCCCAGAGCAAAUCAUCCAGCAAGAAGAGCAAGAAGGAAGACAAGGAGCGGGACAAAGAAGGUGAUGGCGGUGGAAGCCAGGAGGACCAGCUGUGCAUGGCUCUUGUCAGUCAGCUCAACAAGUUUGCAGACAAAGAGACACUUAUCCAGUUCCUCCGCUGCUUCCUUUUGGAGUCCAACUCAUCUGCCGUCCGCUGGCAGGCCCACUGUCUGGCACUACACAUCUACAGGAACUCCAGCAAAUCCCAACAAGAGUUACUGCUUGAACUGACGUGGGCGAUCUGGCCGGAGCUCCCAGCCUACGGUCGUAAAGCGGCUCAGUUCGUUGAUCUCCUUGGAUACUUCUCUCUCAAGACGCCGCAGACUGACAAAAAGUUGAAAGAGUAUUCCCAAAAGGCCGUGGAGAUCUUGAGGGCGCAGAACCACAUCCUGACAAAUCAUCCCAACUCUAACAUCUACAACACACUGUCUGGUCUGGUUGAGUUUGAUGGGUUUUUCUUGGAAAGUGACCCUUGUCUGGUCUGCAACAAUCCUGAAGUCCCAUUCUCAAAUAUCAAAUUGUCUUCUAUCAAAGUGGACACUCGUUACACCACCACACAGCAGGUGGUGAAGCUUAUAGGUAGCCACACCAUCAGCAAAGUUACGGUGAAGAUCGGGGAUCUCAAACGCACCAAAAUGGUCCGCACCAUCAACCUAUACUACAACAACAGGACAGUGCAGGCCAUUGUGGAGCUCAAGAACAAACCAGCGCGUUGGCACAAAGCAAAGAAAGUCCAGCUCACUCCAGGCCAAACUGAGGUGAAGAUUGAUCUUCCACUGCCCAUUGUGGCCUCCAACCUCAUGAUCGAGUUCUCGGACUUCUACGAGAAUUACCAGGCGUCCACAGAGACCCUCCAGUGUCCCCGCUGCAGCGCCUCUGUCCCAGCAAACCCCGGAGUCUGCGGAAACUGUGGAGAGAAUGUUUAUCAGUGCCAUAAAUGCAGGUCAAUCAAUUACGAUGAGAAAGACCCGUUCCUCUGCAACGCUUGUGGUUUCUGCAAAUACGCUCGCUUUGACUUCAUGCUCUACGCCAAACCGUGCUGCGCAGUGGAUCCCAUCGAGAAUGAAGAGGACCGGAAAAAGGCUGUGACCAACAUCAACACCCUUUUGGACAAAGCUGACAGAGUUUACCACCAGCUCAUGGGCCACAGACCUCAGUUGGAAAGUCUACUAUCGAAGGUCAACGAGGCCGCUCCAGAGAAACCACAAGAUGACACUGGAGCAGCAGCAGGUCUGGGGGCGUCGUCCGCUAACGUUAACCGCUAUAUCCAGCAGCUGGCGCAAGAAUACAGCGGAGACUGCAAAACCUCCUUUGAUGAGCUCUCCAAAAUCAUACAGAAAGUCCUAGCGUCCCGCAAAGAACUCUUGGAAUAUGAUCUUCAGCAACGAGAAGCUGCCACCAAAUCUUCCCGUAACAGCAGCAGUCACCAGCCCACCUUCACCGCCUCCCAGUACCGUGCUCUGUCUGUGCUGGGCUGCGGUCACACCUCAUCCACCAAGUGUUACGGCUGCGCGUCCGCGGUCACCGGGCACUGCAUCACGCUGCUGAGGGCCCUGGCCACUAACCCUGCCCUCAGGCAGAUACUGGUACUGCAGGGGCUGAUCAGAGAGCUGUUUGAGUACAAUCUGAGGAGGGGGACCGCGGCCAUGAGGGAGGAGGUCCGCCAGCUUGUCUGCCUGCUCACAAGAGAUCACCCAGAGGCGACUCAACAGAUGAACGACCUCAUUAUUGUCAAAGUGUCUGCUGCUCUUAAAGGACACUGGGCCAAUCCAGACCUGGUCAGUAAUCUUCAGUACGAGAUGCUGCUGUUGACAGAUUCUAUUUCCAAAGAAGGAGGGUGUUGGGAGCUGCGGCUGCGCUGUGCUCUGAGCCUUUUCCUCAUGUCUGUGAACAUAAAAACUCCAGUCGUGGUGGAGAACAUCACUUUAAUGUGUCUGAGAAUUCUCCAGAAGCUCAUCAAGCCUCCAGCUCCAACCAGCAAAAAGAACAAGGAAGCUGCCGUGGAGUCUCUCACUACCAUCCGACCGUACAGUAAUGAGAUCCAUGCCCAGGCCCAGCUCUGGCUCAAGAAGGAUCCUAAAGCUUCAUACGAGGCCUGGAAGAAGUGCCUCCCAGCCCGAUGCCAGGAGAACAUGCCAAAACCUCAGAACAAGGCAGAGUUGAGGCGGCAGUAUCUUUUGGAGAAAUAUGCCUGGAAGUGGAAGCAGUUCAUGAGAUCCAGGAAAGGAGACGGUCUGUUCCCACGACUGCUCAAACUCAGCCACAACAACUGGCUGCGGCAGGUUUUGUUUACUCCAGCGACUCAAGCAGCUCGCCAAGCCGCCUGCACCAUCGUCGAGGCUCUGACCACCAUCCCCAGCCGCAAGCAGCAAGUCCUGGACCUUCUCACCAGUUAUCUGGACGAGCUGAGUGUUGCUGGAGAGUGUGCGGUGGAGUAUCUGGGUCUGUAUCAGAAACUCAUCAAACCCACGCACUGGAAGGUUUACCUUGCUGCCCGCGGAGUCCUGCCCUACAUCGGAAACCUCAUCACCAAGGAAAUAGCAAAUCUUCUGGCUUUGGAAGAAGCCACUCUGAGCACAGACCUGCAACAAGGCUAUGCGCUCAAAAGCCUCACUGGCCUUCUGUCCUCUUUUGUGGAGGUUGAGUCCAUAAAGCGUCACUUCAAGAGCCGGCUGGUGGGAACGGUGCUGAAUGGUUACCUGUGUCUGCGUAAACUCGUGGUUCAAAGAACCAAACUGAUUGAUGAGACGCAGGACAUGCUGCUGGAGAUGCUCGAGGACAUGACCACGGGCACAGAGUCUGAGACCAAAGCCUUCAUGGCCGUGUGCAUUGAAACUGCAAAGAGGUACAACCUGGACGACUACAGGACCCCGGUCUUUAUCUUUGAGAGGCUCUGCAGCAUCAUCUACCCUGAGGAGAACGAGGUGACUGAGUUCUUUGUGACACUGGAGAAGGACCCACAGCAGGAGGACUUCCUUCAGGGCCGGAUGCCUGGGAACCCCUACAGCAGCAACGAGCCUGGAAUCGGCCCCCUCAUGAGGGACAUCAAGAAUAAGAUCUGCCAGGACUGUGACCUGGUGGCUCUGCUGGAGGACGACAGCGGGAUGGAGCUUUUGGUGAACAACAAAAUCAUUAGCUUGGAUCUGUCAGUCGCUGAGGUCUACAAGAAAGUCUGGUGCCCGACUAAUGAGGGUGAGCCAAUGAGAAUAAUCUACAGGAUGAGAGGUUUGCUGGGAGAUGCUACGGAGGAGUUCAUUGAAUCCCUGGACUCCACCACAGAUGAGGAGGAGGAUGAUGAAGAAGUGUACAAGAUGGCAGGGGUGAUGGCUCAGUGUGGAGGACUGGAGUGUAUGCUCAACAGACUGUCCGGAAUUAAGGACUUCAAACAAGGGAGGCAUCUUCUAACGGUGCUGUUGAAGUUGUUUAGUUACUGUGUGAAGGUGAAGAUCAACCGGCAGCAGCUUGUCAAACCAGAGAUGAACACUCUGAAUGUCAUGUUGGGAACGCUCAACUUGGCGCUUGUGGCCGAGCAGGAGAGCAAAGACAGUGGAGGAGCCUCGAUAGCAGAGCAGGUCCUGAGCAUCAUGGAGAUCAUUCUGGACGAAGCCAACGCAGAGAUCUCGGAGGACAAGGGCAACUUGCUUCUGACGGGAGACAAAGACCAGCUGGUGAUGCUUUUAGACCAGAUCAACACUCCGUUCGUCCGCUCCAACCCCAGUGUUCUACAAGGCCUUCUGCGGAUUAUCCCUUAUCUGUCUUUCGGGGAACUGGAGAAGAUGCGGAUCCUUGUAGAGCGCUUUAAACCCUGCUGCAGCUUUGACAAGUACGACGAGGAGCACAGCGCGGACGAAAAGGUGUUUUUAGACUGCUUCUGUAAAAUUGCGGCUGGAAUCAAAAACAAUAGCAACGGACAUCAACUCAAAGACCUCAUACUCCAGAAAGGAAUCACACAGAGCGCCCUGGACUACAUGAAGAAACAUAUUCCUAAUGCCAAAAAUCUGGAUGCAGAUGUGUGGAAGAAGUUUCUCUCUCGACCAGCGCUGCCCUUCAUCCUUAGACUUCUACGUGGUUUAGCAGUGCAACAUCCUCCAACACAGGUCUUGAUAGGGACAGACUCCAUCACAAACCUGCAUAAACUGGAGCAGGUUUCCAGUGAUGAGGGAAUCGGGACUCUGGCCGAAAACCUUCUGGAGGCUCUGAGGGAGCACAGCGACGUCAACAUGAAGAUUGAUGCAGCGAGAAGAGAGACCAGAGCCGAGAAGAAACGCAUGGCUAUGGCGAUGAGGCAGAAGGCCCUGGGCACUCUGGGCAUGACGACCAACGAGAAGGGACAAGUCGUUACCAAGACGUCGCUCUUGAAGCAGAUGGAGGAGCUGAUUGAGGAGCCGGGCUUGACCUGCUGCAUCUGUCGAGAGGGCUACAAGUUUCAGCCGACGAAGGUGCUGGGCAUUUACACCUUCACCAAGAGAGUGAACCUGGAGGAGUUUGAGAACAAGCCGAGGAAGCAGCAAGGCUACAGCACCGUGUCGCACUUCAACAUCGUCCACUACGACUGUCAUCUCGCAGCCGUCCGGUUGGCUCGUGGUCGGGAGGAGUGGGAGAGUGCUGCUCUACAGAACGCCAGCACCAAAUGUAACGGGCUGCUUCCUGUUUGGGGGCCACAUGUGCCAGAAUCAGCCUUCGCCACGUGUUUAGCACGACACAACACAUAUCUGCAAGAGUGCACAGGGCAGAGGGAGCCCACGUACCAGCUCAACAUCCACGACACCAAAUUGCUUUUCCUGCGAUUCGCCACCGAGCAGUCGUUCAGCGUCGACACCGGAGGAGGAGGACGAGAGAGUAACAUCCACCUGAUCCCCUACAUCAUACACACUGUGCUCUACGUCCUCAACACCACCAGAGCCACGUCCCGGGAAGAGAAGAACCUCCAGAGCUUCCAGGAGCAACCGUGUGAGAAGUGGGUGGAGAGUUCAUACGACGUGGAGGGGCCUCACUACUACACCAUCCUGGGAAUGCACAUCCAAGCUCCGGAGCGCUGGAGGACCUCACGCCUCUACUUCCUCCAGCGCCUCCUGCUGACCGCACACGUACGCAAGGUCUCUCCAGCCACCACCAACAAACUCUCAGACAAAGCACCAAAGGAAUAUGCAGUUUAUCGCUCCCCUCUUCUCUUUUGGGGACUAGUGGAUCUUGUCUAUGACAUGUUUAGGAAGGUUCCCACCAGCACCACUGAGGGCGGCUGGUCCUUCUCGUUAGCGGAGUAUGUGCGGCACAACGACAUGCCAAUCUACGAGGCGUCGGAGCGGGUGCUAAGAGCCUUCCAGGACGAGCUGAUGCCGGCCGAGAGUCUGUCAGAGUUCUUUGACGUCGUAGGUCUUCUGUCUGAAAUCCCGGAUCCGGACUCGUUCCUCCAGGACGCUUUGAACUCUUUGCCGUGA